AAUAAUGUUCGAUAGUAUCGAGCAGCGCUGUGGGCUGAAAAAUUGCAUAUAAAAAUAAUAAGCCAAUAAACUAAGUUAUUACCAUUUUGCCUAAUCUACACUGCAACAAUAACGGGUCUUACAUCUCUAAGCAUAAGCAACUGUAAACUGAUAGAAACAACAACAACUAAGCAUAAUAAUAAAUAGCAAAACAUGUAAACAAAACUGCAAAAAUUUCAACAAAUUCAAGCAAUAGCAACAAAGCAACGCCAAAAAGCAAGUAACGGUUCAACGGUUUAACGGUUCAACAGUUAGAGAAGCAUUCUGCAGAGAGGCGACGUCUUGAGUUUCGAGUGGUGGCUCUAAAACGGCAAACUGUUGCGUUUGAAGCGGUAGAACGCUGCUGGCCACUAAUAUGCGUGUGAUUUCGCCGCGUAGAUCGUCAACGUCAGCAGCGGGUAGCAGCAGUCUAUACGGCACAACAUCCUCCAGUGGCAGCGGCAGCGGCAGCAGCAGCUCCACAAACAGCAGCAACAUUAACAACAGCAGCAGCAUUAGCGGCGGCCACAGCAGCAGCAGCAGCGGCGUUGGCGCCACAAGCAACGGCUAUAGCCGCUACCCCUCCUCGUACUACGAUCGCGGCAGCAGUCUAUCCAAAUUAUCCGCUGCCUCAACAUCCGCAUCCUCAUACAAUUAUCACAGCAGCGCCAGCAGCGGCGUCGGCAGUGGCAGCAGCUACUAUCCAAGCUCCUAUACGCCGCGUCUUAGCACGCAGCGCAAUAGCAUUGGCUCCAGCUCAUAUCUAGGCGGUGGUGCAUCCUCCCAUCUAAGCAGCAGCAGCAGCAGCAGUUCGGGCUAUCGCAAUUCGUCUUAUCUCAGCAACUACAACAAUGAUGCACUUGCGUUUGGCCGACACGGAUUGGCGCGCCGCACCAAGAGCGCCACAACGAAUGGCGAUGUCCUAGCCGCCGCCAGCAGCAGCAGCGGCGCAGCUAACUGCAGCACAUUAAAGAGCGACGACUAUGGCGGCGGCGGCGUCGGCGGAGCUGCUGCGACGCUGCGUCGCGAUCGAGACAGAGACGCUGCUGCUCGCAAGCUGCCGCCAAGUGGCAGCGAUGCCAAUGGCAACAAUCGCGACAGCUGCGGCAGUAUUAAACGUUUGUCUAGCUCAUGCUCAUCAUCAUCCCUAGCACGUUUAGUGGCCACCUCUGGUCUGGAUAUGUACGAAAAGUACAGUCCCGCCAACUAUAAACCCAACUGUGAACUGUCACGUUCCAGAUCGGCUGUCAAUGAAGUCGCCGGCGCCGACGCUGAAAGCAGCAGCAACAAACUUAACAACAACAGCAGCAAUGACAACAGCACAACUUGUACCGUUACCUUGGACAGACCGCGCAGCAGUCGCUACAGUCGUCUCUACAGCAACAGCAGCGACGCUGGCGACAACGAAGCAGCAGCAGCUGCAGCAGCAACAACAACACGCGUCAGCGGACGCAGCGGCAGCGGCAAAUAUACGCUCAGCACCAGCAGCAGCGGCGGCGAUGUGCCCACAGCAACAUUCACGCUGCGCAGCAAUCGCAGUCGACGCAGCGCAGCGUCGGAUGCUGCCACGCCCACAUCGAAUGGCCAUGCAGCCGCAGCAGCAGCAGCAGCAGCAGAGACAAGCAGCAGCAGCAAUGGGCUGGAUGCGAAGCUCAAUGGACUUUCGCUGCUUUCGAGUUCGCCCAAGCGCAAUGCAAUCUAUGCCAGCGAUACGACAGAUGAUGCAACUGCCACAAAUGGUGGCGACACAGCUGUAACUGUUACUGUCUCUGCUGCUGCUGCUGGUGCGCGUGCUGCCUCUGCUGCUGCUGCUGCUGAUGAAAAUGGCGAUGUUGAUGACGAUGGCGAUGUUAGUGCCACAGCAACUGUAACGCUCGGCGAUGGGGCACGCAGCAAGUCGGUGCGCAUUGGCAGCUCCUCGAGCGCUCGCUCGGUGCUGCCCCCAGUCUCGCCCACGUCCAGUCGCUACUGGGAUCGGGACAGCGGUCGCGGCAGCAGCAAUAUCACAACCACUUCCAUUGGCUCCUCACUGAGCAGCAAGCAUAACAGUCUUGACGAGAAUGGCAAGAGCUCGCGCGAUGAGAAGUCUGAGGGUCUCUGCGGUCUGAGAAACAUUGGCAACACCUGUUUCAUGAACUCGGUCAUCCAAUGCCUGAGCCACACAACCGAGCUGACUUGCUUCCUGCGCGCCUAUCACGCCAGCACGCGCUCCUCCAACAGCAAGGAUCAGCAGAUACUGCAUGAGUUUGCCAAGCUCAUACAGGAGAUGUGGACAUCGGAUGUGCAUAGCGUAACGCCUAUGGAAUUGAAGCGCGCAUUCUCGAGCAAGCAUCGCAUGUACAGUGACUACAAUCAGCAGGAUGCGCAGGAGUUUUUACGCUUCUUCCUCGACUCGCUGCACUCGGCACUCAACUCGGGCAUCAAAGGUGAAACGCUUAACAUUGAUGAUAAUCUCAGUGACAAUAAAAAGGCCGAUUUGACUUGGGAGUGGUAUGCACGGCAUGAGAAUUCGCUGAUACGCGAUUUGUUUGUGGGCCAGCUGAAGAGCACGCUGAAGUGCACCACAUGCGGCAAUACGAGCGUCACUUUUGAUCCCUUUUGGGAUUUGAGCGUGCCGCUGCCUUCGUCGUCGCGCUGCAAACUAGAGGCUUGCCUGGAUUUGUUCAUACGCGAGGAGGUGCUCGAUGGCGAUGAGAUGCCCACAUGCGCCAAAUGCAAGACGCGCAGAAAAUGCACCAAAAGCUUUACCAUACAGCGUUUUCCCAAAUAUUUGGUUAUACAUCUAAAGCGUUUCUCCGAAACACGCUGGAGCAAGCUGUCAAACAUUGUGGAGUUUCCAACGGGCGAUCGUGAGCUCAACAUGGCCUCCUAUGGCGCCAACGCAAAUUCGAAUGUGCAUUAUUCGCUCUAUGCGAUCUCCAAUCACAUGGGCUCAACGGCUAGCGGUCACUAUGUAGCACUUUGCAAGCAUCCAGUCUCACGCAAAUGGCAUGAGUUUAACGAUAAUAGGUACUCUAGCGUUACUGAUGCUAUACCUGAACAUCGUCUCGUUUCAUCCAGUGCCUAUAUUUUAUUCUACGAACGAGCGUAAGGCUAAGCAACUCAACAAAAAAAAACAAUA